UCAUCGACCAGUGCGACGACUGGAUAUGCCCCGUUCGAAUUGAACUACGGCUACCUACCGCGAACCAUGGCUGGCAUCCGCUCGGAUACCGAGUUCGAAGGAGUCCGAGCAUUUGCGCAGAGGGCUCGUGCCAAUCUAUUGAUUGCGCACGACGCCAUUCUCACUGCGCGCGUCGCACAGACGCAUUACGCGAACUUGCACCGACAAGAGGAGCCGGACAUUGCUGUCGGGUUAUUAGUAUUCCUGUCGACUCAAAAC